UCACCUGUAUUUACAGGUGAGUUAAAAUAGACUGUGUGCCAUCAAUAUGAAAUUUCCUGGACACACACAAAACAAACAAUUACUUCUUAUCUUGUCAGUAUAUAAAAAGACCAUGUUCUUGGGGUGACUCUGUACAUAUGCUACACAUAAGCCAACUUCCUUUGUUCCCCGUGUUAACUGAUCUCAGGUUGCCACGAGACAUUGUUUGAUGAGCUUCAGAGCUGUACAUUACGCUUCCAAUUGAUUAAAUUUCCGCUAUCUUGAGAUUUUGCUCCCAUCACUUAGCAAGAUUACUGUAUGUGCUCACAAUGCCAAAGUCACAGUGGAAGAAAGGCAGCGGAUAUUUACUCUCGGAGAAACACAAGAUGCUAAGGAUCUCAUGUUUCCUUUAUUGUAAAGUGUUUCCAUCUUUUGACGUUUGAUCUGUGAGGUGCAAAUCAAUGGCCAAUUUCUACGCCCAUCUUCUUUUGUUAUUCUACAUUGUCGUCUUCUUGAUCGGCCUUCCUGCCAACAUCCUGGCAUUCUAUACGUUCUACCGAAAGGUUCACCGCAAGCCCACGCCGAUCGACAUUCUCCUGCUGAACCUGACCAUAUCUGACCUCAUCUUCCUCGCCGUCCUGCCCUUCAAGAUGAAGGAAGCUUUCGACGACAUGAACUGGAACCUGCCGUAUCAACUGUGUCCUGUUAUUAGUUUUCUUUUCUACUCCACUAUCUACACAAGCACUUUGUUUCUAACAGCCAUUAGCAUAGAGCGCUACCUGGGCGUGGCAUUUCCAAUCCGGUACGCGCUAGGUCGCAGGCCACGCAACGCCGUGAUCGCAAGUUUCUUCCUAUGGCUCCUGGGAUCUCUUAACCUCAGCAUUGUGUACAUUGUGCCAACCAUCAACUCAAGUCAUGUCAUAAACUCACAUAACAUGGAAAUAAUGUGCUACGAUAACUUUACUGCAGAGCAGCUAGAAAUUCUCCUUCCUGUUCGCCUGGAGCUCUUUAUUGUGCUUUUUUGUAUACCCUUCCUCAUCUGCUGUUUCUGUUAUAUAAACUUCAUCCGAAUUCUGUCCAAUCUGCCCCACCUGGGACGACGUCGUAGGCUCAGGGCCAUUGGACUUGCAGUGGGGACGCUGCUUGUUUUCACCCUCAGUUUCAGCCCCUACAAUGUCUCACAUGUGGUCGGUUUCAUCCAUGGCAGUAGUGAGAAUUGGCGUAAUAUUGCUUUAAUUUUCAGCACCCUAAAUGCGUGUUUGGACCCCAUCAUCUUUUACUUCUCAUCUGCGGCUGUCAGAAGUGCCAUACGAACAUGUGUUAAUGGUUUUAGGGACAAAGUGCACAUUGUUAGAUGCAGACGGGCUCAAUGCUGCCCUCUGCUGGCUUCCUCCAGGACUGAGGCCUAUCAAGACACAAAUCCUCCUGUUGACCAGAAAUAAGCUUUGUGUGUAAUUGUUUUUAUUUAGGUAAUAAAUUAAAGUAUUUUAAUGUAUGCCUACUGAAAAUGUAUACAAAUGUUAUGGUUGUAAUUUAUUAUGAGAUGUAAAAUAAAUUGAGUUUCAAUUGUGAGAAUGUGAAUUAUGAUGUAUAUCAAUGAUCUUUGAAAUUUGAUUUAUUCAUGUAAAAUAAAACGUUUAUUUAAAGAAAAUUAUACUU